UCUGGUGGGGAGCCCCUGGGGUCCAGCAGCUCAGCAGAGGCGGCCACCACUGCUGCAGCAUUACCCCACAGUGGCGCCUCUGAGCUGGGAUCAGCAUCUGCCGCCAACGCCCAUUCAACCGGAAACACUCUGUCCUGCACCUUGUGUCAUGAGAGGCUGGAAGACACACACUUUGUUCAGUGUCCAUCAGUGCAAGGACAUAGGUUCUGCUUCCCCUGCACCAGAGUGUACAUCCAGAGCCGGAGAGGUGAUGGGGAGGUGUACUGUCCCAGUGGAGAUCGCUGUCCGUUGGAUAACUCUCUCAAUAGCCCCCCUUGGGCCUUCAUGCAGGGAGAGGUCUCCACCAUACUGGGCACAGCUGGAGCAGGAGCUGCGUCGGCUGCUGCAUCUGGAGCUGGGCCCGGGUCUGGAGCUGCAGGUGCAUCUGGGGCCGGGAGUGGAUCUGCCAGUGGAGCUGCAGCUGGAAGUGGGGACGUCACCGUCAAGAAAGAGAGAGAGACGUGAUUUUCAUGGAAACCAGGACCCAACACAGCAACAGACUUGUUUCAAACACCAGAAUGAGUGCACAGGACCGCUGAGAGAUCCAGAAGAGCAGCAACACAGAAAAUCACAGAUGUAUUCUUCUCCCAGUACCAUGAACUCUGGUCUAGGCUCCAUGGGCUCCAUGGGCACCAUGAACAGUUAUAUGAGCUUAAACCCAGCCACCGCUUCCCCUGCAGGCAUGAACAUGGCGUACCCAAGCUCCAGCCUCAGCAGUUCCCCGUUGGCGUCCAUGGGCUCCGGGCCUGGCCACAUGUCCCUCUCCCCAGUGGCCUCGUCCCUUAGUGCGGGCCCUUUAACCCAGCUGGGCCCCGCUGCUCCAGGCUCACUGGGCUCCUUGUCCCACUACCAGAACAUGGGCCAGUCCAUGAGCCAAUUGGGAUACCCAUCCACUGCAACCCUGAGCCGGGCCGGACCCAAGGAGAUUCCCCCGAAGCCAUACCGACGCUCCCUGACCCACGCAAAGCCGCCGUACUCCUACAUCUCCCUCAUCACUAUGGCGAUCCAGCAGAGUGGCAGCAAGAUGCUCACCCUGAACGAGAUCUACCAAUGGAUCAUGGACCUGUUCCCCUACUACCGUGAGAACCAGCAGCGCUGGCAGAAUUCCAUCCGCCACUCGCUCUCCUUCAACGACUGCUUUGUGAAGGUGGCUCGCUCGCCCGACAAGCCAGGCAAAGGCUCUUACUGGACUCUGCACCCACAGUCAGGCAACAUGUUUGAGAACGGCUGCUACCUGAGGCGCCAGAAACGCUUCAAGAUAGAGGAGAAGAUGGCAAAGAAAGGAGGCAAGAGCCAGGAGGCAGGCUCAGGGAAAGGAGGCCACAGUGGAGAUCAUCUGAUGGAGGACCGCAGCCCCACAGGAGGAUCAGAGGGAGCUGACUCUGCCCAUUCAGACAACUCCCACCCGGGCUCCUCAGAUGACCAGCCGCAUCCCCGAAACUCCCUGGUUCCACUAGACUGCCCUCCACUGUCCUCCUCACACAUCCAUAGCCCGCCUGCCCCCCUCCCUCCCUCUUCCUCCACCUCAUCCGCCAUCCCUUCAUCCUCCUUGUCCCUCUCAGCCACCUCCUCUUCCAACCCACUCAUCCACUCCCAGUCUUUAGCUGGUAGUGCCCACCUCCUGCCCAGCGCCAUGCAGCAGCACAUGGACCUACAGAGUGACGCCCUCAAGUCUCUGGACCCCCACUACAACUUCAACCACCCCUUCUCCAUCACCAACCUCAUGUCCAAUGAGCAGAAGAUGGACCUCAAGUCCUACCAGGACCAGGUGAUGGCCUACAACAGCUACACCGGCGGCUCCCCUGUUGGGGCAAAGCAGAUCUAUGACAGUCCAGGGCCAGCCGCCAUGGACUCAGGUGCUUACUACCAAACUCUGUACAGCCGCUCGGUGCUCAAUGCCUCCUAAUAUGGACACUCACACACACACCUGUCUGUAGAGGUGAGCCAAGAUGGGGACUUCUCUUUCUCUCUGCCUUUUCUAAAAUGGACACCCAUUCUCUCUUUAUCUUCCUCUUUCUUUCUCUCUCCCUCUCUGGCUCUCGUCCAGUGGCCUUGGAAGAGACUCACAUCUAAAAUGGCUGCCGUGUUUGAGGGACCAAAGAACAGUUUUUUUCUUUUACCAACUCUGCCGAACAUGCAGACUGGUUGGUUACGUGGAGGACAGAGAAGUGAAGCUGGAUAAUAAUAAGUCUUUACUGAUGAUGAAGACAUUUGACUCAUCUGUAUGUAAGUCAAUACAGAAGUCAGAUGCUAUCUUUGCCUGUCGCAGGAGCACUGCAUGUGGUGAAAUUGGCUUUGUACAAAAUGUAAAUAGAGGUAAUGUGGGGGGAAAAGGAUAUUUGCAUUUAUUUAUGAAGGGAAUAAAUUUUAAUAUAUCUUGUAUAGCGCUCUGUUGACCAGUUACAACCCAAAUGUGAGUUUUUUUAAAUCCAAAGACGAAGAGAAGGAGGCAUGUUUCAGGUUACUGCUUCAGGCAGGUGUUACUGCAGUGGGAGAGGAGUUUAUUUGUGUGUUACAGCAUUUCACACUACAUUCUGUCAUAUCUGUCAAAUCGGGCAUCCAUCAAUGUAAAUGUAGCUCAUGAAGUCUGUACUUUCAAAAAAUGGUUUGUUAUUUUGAUUGAUAUGAAGAAAAAACGCCAUUUUGUCCUUGCUGGUGCACAGAGGAAACAGAAGAGGCAAAGUAACUGUGGUAAAAACUAAAAAAGCACGUUUUUAUUUUCUGUUCCGCAACCAUUUUCUGUUGUUACUUAUAUGAAAGCAUUAAAGCCAAAAAACUUCUCAACAGGCUGUAACAUUUUGACUAGAUAGCUGGUGAGGUGCAUGGGGGAGUUCAGUCAGUUACUAAAACAGUGGAGGGGAGGAGAGAUGCACUAUGGGAGGAUUUACAUACAGUACUUUGCACUAUGGAGCUCCCAAUGGCCAGGUGGGCUGAUAGUGUGUGUGUUUGUGUGUGUUACAACAAUACUUUGGAACAACCCCCCCCCCCACACACACACACACACACACACACUGUCAAUGAAUCAGCUCAAUGGGAUCAGUGUAACAAUGUCAAAGGGUGUCAAAACCCUUGCUGUCCAAAAAGUGCCUUUUCUUUAAAUGAUAGGAGAUCAAUUUAUCGACAAUCUAUUGAAGGAUUAUUCUGAUAAACAGCAGAGGACACAGAAGUUUCAGGUCACAUGAUGUCCUUUGUGGAGCAUAUUUUAGUUUCAAAGAGAAAUGUCUUUUAUUUAAGCUAUGUUGCUUUUCAAACUUUGAAAGU